UCUGAGGGGAAAUAAGGAAAACUCUGAUUUUAACAGCAUUUUUUGUAGCGCGUCAGCCCAGCGCCCAGCCGCCAUGCCGGUGCGCUCGGAGGGCAUGGAGGCACCGCCGCCGCCGCUCAACUCGCGCCAGCCGGGCGUGGUGCGCUCGCCCCUCCACGACGGCUCCGUCUUCAAGGGCUACCAGAAGUCCAAGGGCAACUGCUACGACGUCGAGGUGGAGCUGAAGAAGGUGGACCUGGACAGCGCGUACCUGUGCGGCUACCUCAAGAUCAACAACCUGACGGACGACUUCCCCACCAUGGUGACGUACUUUGACGGCGAGAUCAUCGGGCGGCGGCACCCGUUCCUCACCCGCAAGUGGGACGCCAACGAGGAGGUGGACCGGAAACACUGGGGCAAGUUCGAAGCGUUCUCGGCCUUCAGCAAGAGUUCAACACGGACGAUUUUCGACUACGACGCGCUAGAGGCGUACGACUCGGUGUUCAUGAGGUGGAAGGAAAGUUUCCUCAUCCCUGACAUCAGGUACCAGUCGCUGGCGCUGCCGGAGAAGAUAUCCACUGACGAGCAGCGGGAGCUGCUGGAGCUGCUGCUCAAAACCCACGAGCUGGAAAUAGAGAACAUGGAAAUCCGCAGCAAUCAGCUGAUCAAGGACCACGAGCUGCGGCGGCGGGACCUCAUGAUCCUGCGCUACGACCGACAGAGGGCGCUGUGUGACGAGAUCAUCAGCCGACAGCGGGACUUCAUACAAGAUAUUGAGUCGGGCCGGAGCCCGAAUGGCGGCGACAUGCCUCCGGAGCUGCAGAAGAUGUACUCGCUCUACCAGCAGGAGCUGCAGGGACCCAGCGCGCAGAGGGAUCAGCGCUUUCUCAACGGACUGAACGAGGUCAUGCGGUCGCCAUCCACGCUCUCCAUGAUGAGCAGCGUCAACCAGGACGGCGGGCGUCUGCCGCCGAUCGGCACCGACCGGGACGAGAAGCUGUUCCAGCACCUGGGGCGAAGGAGCAGCGUGGACUUUGACAACAAGCGGCCGCAGACGCCGCUAAGCCUGCGCAGUCCGAACAGGUGA